UAGAAUACUCAAGUCACUAGCACUUUAUUCUCUUAUUUUUCUUUUUUUUUUUAAUCAGUACUUUCUGUUCUCCACCUUCCCAAAGACUUUCCCUGGCAGAAAGCUUUCAGUAACUUUGUUCUCAUCUUAGCCACAAUCAUGGUUCAGGUCAAGGCAAUUUAUGGGCAAAUAGGCUUUGAAAGGUCCAGACUAGCAUCUCCUUAAUUCAUGCUAUUGAUUACUCCUAUUUUUUAGUCACAUGGCCCUCUGAUGCCUGGGAAGUGUUGUCUGGCUGAGAUGGGUUAUGAGACCGUACCAUGCAAUGCCAUGGACCUGGCUUGGCCCAUCUCCCAAAGCUGCAUGCUUCAGGAGUUCAGCUGCAUUCCUGGUGAUUGAGAAAUUCUAUGUGAAAUGUGCUUUCUUUGUUGUUCACUUUGAAAGAAAAAAACUCCCAUUUCCCUUUUCCCCAACUGCUGACGUCUGAGGGUUCUUUUCCCACAAACAACUCUAGAAGGCUUCCCCUUUUUCUUCACUCUUUUAGUACUGAUUUUCACUGAGGCAAAGAAAAAAAAUUCUCUGUGGACUUCUGUUCUAUCUCUAAGUUCAUUCUGGGAACAAUGGCAGAGACUGUUUUAGUUUUAAAGGUGUUACAUAGCAACAUUUCCUGCUUAAUAACCUUCCUAAUUUAAAAAAAAAUUGAACAACCUUGCUGUGUUUCUUUUGAUCUGUGUCCAGAGGCGUAGGCCUUAGGGAUCCUAUAUUAAGCUAAUUACCUUUAUGUGAGCUCUGAAGGAUAGUGUAGUUUACCCAUGACUUUUACCUCUUCAAUACAAUAAAAGCAGAAACUUUAAUGUUACUGAGAACUAAUCUAAAAUACUGUGCUUUGAAGACUAUGAAUUCAUGGAGGUGGAUUGUGAGUUAAUUUGCCAAUAUAUGUGGGAUUCUUUUUUGUUGUUGUUUAAUCUAGAAUAGAGUCAGUCCUCCAUUCAUCUGCGGUUGGUUUUGGCCAACCAUAGAUCGAAAAUAUUAGGAAAAAAUGUGUGCUGAAUAUAUAGCAGACCUUUUUUCUUGUCACUAAACCCAAAAUAAUACAGCGUAACAACUAUUUGUGUAGCAUUGGCCUUGUGUCAUAAAUCAUAGAGAGGUGACAAAAUAUGGGAGGACAUGUGGGAGGAUUGCAUGACUUAUAUGCAAAUAUGACACAAUUAUAUACAAAGGACUCAAACACCUUUAGAUUUAGCAUCCAUGGGAGGGUCCUGGGCCACACCUAGGGACAUAUGCAUUUAUAUAUGGUUUUUGUUUGCCUAAAUCCAAGGAAUGCAUUUUUAGCCUAUAGAAACAAAAAUCAGGAAUCUGGUUUCUUUAUCCACAAAAUGGAAAUGGUGACCCCUACCUCAUAGCACAAUAGGAAGAGGAAAGAAGAUGAUGGGUGUAAGGGGUGCCCAGCCAUGCCAGCUGCAGAGUAGACAUUUGAUCAAUUUUAGUUGAAUCAGAAUUAUAGUUGAAAGCUGAGUUUAACACGUUUCUUGAAGGAGGCAUUCUAAUAUAUUAGCACACAGGAUGUGAUAACAGAGGCCUGGGUUUGUGUCCCAGCCCGCCUACUUAAUGUCUCCAAUUUCUAUUUUCUUUAUCUGUGAAAUAGUAUAGUUACUAAAAUUAUGUAAGGUAUUGCACAUAAAGUAUAUAGCAUAGUUGGACUCAUAAACAAUUCUUUUAAAAUUACAUUUGCAUGUUUAUAUCACACAUGAACAACUCUAUGACCACUAAGAAAAUACAGGAAUAUUUAUGUAGAUUUAUAGAUUAUUAGUGGAUGGAUUGAAGGGCCAGAGACUGAUAGAUGCCAAUCCUUUAUGGUUACAGGCAAAGGUUGAUGUUUGAGGGCAGGAACUGACAUCAUUGAGAAGAGAUAGUCCUACAUGCAAAGUGGGUUAAAUAGCACCUAAGUUGAGUAGGAGAAAAGGUGUAUUUUUAUGUGGAAAAGAUAAAAGCAGAUAGCAGAGAUGAUAAAAGAACAGGAGGAGUGACAAUGAACCACUAGCUGAUAGGGUGAGGAGUAAAUUCCUACCCACUUUGACCUCAGUGUUACUAGUGUACCUUACCUUUGCUCCUGAAAAUCUUCCUGGUUAUACUUUCAACUACAGACUCAGUUACAUUCAAUUUACUCUUGGCAGGUUUUAGGUGUUUAUGAAUAUGAAAUAUGAAGCCAGUCUUCUCUCCCUUAUUUGUUUUAUCGAAGUACCAUGUGUGCCAUUUCCCUGCCAUGUGUUUGCAAGCCUGCUAUUUGGAUAUUUCCAUUGUCUGUACUAAUGAUCACAUUGAUCAUGUUGAAGUGAUCAGGUUAUCAUAAAACUUUUGAGAGUUGUUCAUGGUUAGCCACUGUGCUAUAUCUUACAUAGUAGCUAAAUCAAAUCUCACAAUAACUCAAUGUUAGGAACCAUUACUAUUCCUAUCUUAUAAAUGAAGACAUUUAGUCUCAGAGAACCUAAAUUCCCCAAGUGAGGAUAAUGGCCCAAUUGUGGGAGCCUGAGGUCUUGAGUCCUACUGAAGUGAUAAAAAGCAGUAAGUUGAGUUUCUAAAGAAAGACAUGUGUUAGAAUUGAGGACUUUCCAAUGAAGCAUCAGUGGUACUGCUAUGUAUGGUUUGAUAAUUCUAAAGAGAUUGAUCCAUGACCUCUGGUCUUUGCAUUCAAUCUGUGGUCCAUCUAGGUGCUAAUAAAUUAUUUUAGUCAAUCUUUAGGCCAGGCAUCUUGGCUGUUUUGUUUUUCCUAUAAUAUCCCCUGUAUUAUCAUUUAGUACUUGUUUGCUGUCCUUAACCUUAGUGAUAUACAACUAGAGAAGGCAUAAUCUUGCUUAUUUUGAAAGUUUUAAGAAGAAAUGACCAUUUCCUUUGCAAACAGCCCAAGACAUUUUUAAGAGCAAUGUGUUUAAUGCUGCAAUAUAAACUCAUUAAGAGACAAUGGUAUUUGUGCUUGUUUUUCCCCUUUUUGUCCAAAAUCUUUUUAAGAUUCCAGAUCAAAAUUGAAAAAAUGGCUCAUCUCAACCAGCUGUUGGAAAAUGAAGUCUUCAUGGCCUUUACCUCUUACGCAACAAUUAUUCUUACAAAAAUGAUGUUUAUGAGCACUGCAACUGCAUUCUACAGACUAAAAAGGAAGGUUUUUGCCAACCCAGAAGACUAUGCAGCCUUUGGCAAGGAAGAGAAUGCCAAGAAAUAUCUUCAAACAGAUGACAGGGUGGAACGCGUACGAAGAGCCCACCUGAAUGACCUUGAAAACAUUGUUCCAUUUCUUGGGAUCGGCCUGUUGUAUUCCUUGAGUGGUCCAGAUCUCUCUACAGCCCUCCUGCACUUCAGACUCUUUGUUGGAGCACGGAUCUACCACACAAUUGCCUAUCUGACACCCUUUCCACAGCCAAAUAGAGGGUUGGCUUUUUUUGUUGGAUUUGGAGUUACCUUUUCAAUGGCCUACAGAUUACUGAAGAGUAGAUUGUACCUGUGAGGAGAUCGAUACAGCACGUCAUCCUACUGGCUUUUAAGUAUUCCAUACCUCUAGGAUAGAAUGGAUAAUUUCAUAGGUUUUGGGGAGGAGGGGAACAGAGAAAUUAAGAAUCAGGGAAAACCUGUUUUAAAGUCUGGCAUGAUUAAUAUCCUCUUUGCUUGUGUUGUAUUUGCACUAAAAACAUGACAUAAUAAUUCUUAAGUCUUUUGUCUGAUUUUUAAAAUACUCUGCUGUAAAUUUUGACUAUGUUUUGAUUUGUGACACUUAUCAACAGUUUAUGUUGUGAAUCUAUAAAGAAGAGCACAUUUGCAUGUGUGAGGAACCUGCAUUUCAACACUGCUGAAACAGGCAUGCAGAAUAAAGAAUUUAAAGAAUACAUUUGCUUCAUUU